AUGGCUCUUAAACGGUUGCUGAUAUACGGUAGUCGUGGAGGUCUAGGCUCGGUGUGUACAGGAUACUUCAAGUCCAAAAACUUCGUACUUGAUUUCAAGGAAAAUCCAAAUGCUGAUCUGAGUAUUGUCAUCCCCAAUUCCGAAUCACCAGUGAAUCAACACGCAGUAAUAAACAAAUCAUUGCUUGAAAACCUGGCGGAACAUAAAUUAGAUGCCAUUAUUUGCGUUGCUGGUGGUUGGGCUGGUGGAAAUGCUUCUCAUAAUGAUUUCCUAAAGAAUAUGGAAUUGACCUGGAAACAAAGUGUCUGGUCGUCAUCUAUCGCAUCGUCUGUUGCUACGAAGUAUUUGGCAACGGGGGGCCUGCUCGUGCUCAGUGGAUCUGAAUCCGCACUAAAUGGAACACCUAAUAUGUUGGGUUAUGGAAUGGCCAAGGCAGCCGUUCACCACCUGACUAAAAGUCUGGCACUAAAAGGUAGUGGGUUGCCCACCGAUUGUGACGUGCUGGCAAUUCUUCCGGUGAUUUUGGACACACCAAUGAAUCGGAAAUGCAUGCCCAAAGCGGAUCGUUCAACAUGGACACCACUGGAAUUUGUAGCACAGUAA